AUGGCAAUGGUAUCGCGUCGUCGCGAUACUUUUUUCAUUAAUCCUCCAAUGGAAAAACCAAAGAGGAAUGCUAAUAUAAAGCCUUCCCAUCAACAACCUCCACCUACUUUACAAUCAACUACCGCUGAGAGUUUUGACAUGGAUGAGAGUAGCGAUGGCGAAACCGCAGCGGUUACAGAGCCUGUUGGCGGAAUUGAAGUUUUACAAAUCCCAGCCCAGAAUUCUUAUGAUAUGGAAGCAUCUUUGACAAAAUCUGAGAAAAUGUUUAAACACUAUUUGGAAGCGUCAAAUGAAGUGCUGACAAGGGAUAAAGAAAUGCGUGAAUUGUUAGCUUUGAGGGACCAUUUUCAUGAUACAAUUUGGAAUUUAACACAAUCCGAUGAGAGUGUUAUUUCACAGGAUUCGUUUUAUGGAAUUGGAAGGGAAUAUUUUGAUAAGCUGGUCCUUCGAACAUUUGAAGCCUGCCGAAAUCAGUUUACAAACGAACGUCAUUUAUUAAACAAAACAAGGGAAACUACAGAAUUGUUAUGGACAUAUACUAACAGUCUUUUCUUUGCAACUACAGUUAUAACUACAAUUGGUUAUGGCAAUCUCGUUCCAAUGACACGUCUUGGCAGAAUUGCCUGUAUUUGUUUUGCUUUGUUUGGCAUUCCCCUUUUGUUAGUCACAAUUGCAGAUAUCGGAAAAUUUCUUUCAGAUUUUCUCAAUUUUCUUUAUAAGACAUAUCAUGCUUUCAAACUUAAGGUCCCCUUACCCUUAUUACUUUAA